AUGAUAUCAAACAAAAGUUUAUUAUCAGUAAGAGAUUUGGUAAAAAUUUAUAAAUUAUCAGCGAAAUCUCAGUUGAGUCAGAAUUUUAUAUUAGAUAAGAAUGUUACGGAUAAAAUUGUUAAAAGUUCACAAAUUGAUUCAAAUGAUUUGCUUGUAGUUGAAGUGGGGGCAGGUCCAGGAUUAUUAACAAGAUCUAUAUUGGAUACUGGGAUAACCAAUAUGAUAGCUGUAGAGAAAGACAAAAGAUUUUUACCUGCAUUGAUGCAAUUAUCAGAAGCAUCUCGAGGAAAUUUACCAUUUAAUGUGGCAAGUCCAUUAUUGAUACAAUGGAUGAAAAUGUUAUAUAAGCGAGAAGGAAUAUUCAAGUUCCCGAAUGUAAUAAUGACUUUGAUGUUUCAAAAGGAGGUUGGAGAUAGGAUUGCAGCAAGUGUAAAAGAUCCCGAACGUAGUCGAAUUUCAGUAUUAGUACAAAGUUUAUCACUUUCUAAACCUGUGUUAAAUGUGCCAGUAGACAAUUUUGAAGAAGUUGUAAGAUAUUUUUAUGGAAGGCGACGAAAAACUCUUCGUUCAAUUUUCAAAACAAUAAAAUCCCGAAUCUCACCAACAGAACAAGGUUUACUUGACUAUAAUUUGGAAAAAUUAGAAUGGGAUUUAACAUUAAGACCAGAGAAAAUAUCUUCUGAAGAAUUUUGUAAAUUGACGAAAAUAUUUAUUGAGAAUUCUAUAAAAUUUCCCACUUAG